AUGAGCAUUUUCAAACUUAACAUCCCUAUUAAAAAUACGUUUCUCUUAUCAAAGAGUACAAUAUGCUCCUUAAAAUUGUCUUACAUUUAUAAUAAAAAAGAUAAUUUUGUAAAAUAUGGGCAAUUAAAAUAUGAUUACAAUGACAACUUAGCUAUAACUAGAGACAAUGAGACUUUAAAAUAUUUAAAUUUCCUGAAUAACAAUUUUUUUUUAUCCAACUUAAAUGAAAGCGAACAAAGUUCAAUCGUCAAACAAAAAUACCAGGAUAUAUUGAGAUUUAAAAAUAAAAAAACAAAACUAGCUUUGAGAAGAAAAAGAAAAAGGAUGGGUGAACGUGUUAGUUUGAGAUAUCGAUAA